ACAUCAGAGUAUUUUUCAGUACACCAAAACGCAAAGUAAGAACUCUAGUAGCCUAAUAUCUCAAAGACGAGUUGAUAAAAUGUUCAUAAGAAAGAAGUGAAAUGCUAAUGGAAAUGUUUCACAAUGAUGUCAUUAGGCAGAGCAGGCAACAGAUGGCACACAGACAGCUGAGUUGGGGACAGAUAUGCAGGGACAGACUGACAGAGACAGGGAGUCUCAGGAGUCAGACUGUGAGUCAGUGAGGGUGGUGAAAGGGAAAGAGCCAAGGAGAGAGACUUCAGAGGACAGUGUCACAGCCACGGCAGGACCAGGUGUCACCCUUGUUGCCAGCAGCACCAGUAUAGGGGACAGUGGCACAGCAUCGUCCAGUUACCUCAGUGAUGGCACAAAACCAUAUCAGCCACACCCACAAUUUAUAGAACCGCAAACUCUUGCCAACAGAGUGUUGACGUUUCAAGAGAGAUGGUUUCGCGAUUUCCCCUGGCUACAUUAUAAUCCAUCAAUAAAAGGAGUGUUGUGUUUUCACUGUAGCCAAGGGUUUUCAAGCCAGCCAUCUUUUGGCCAAAGAGCAGAUGCUGCCUUCAUUAGUGCAGGAUUUAGGAACUGGAGAAAAGCCAUUGAAAAAUUCACAGCACAUCAAAACUGCCAAACCCACCGCCACUUUGUAACUGUAACAGCACACCAGCUAAAUCCAAUCAGUGUCCAGUUAUCCAGCGCGUGGGGUAAACAGCAGGAGGACGCAAGGCAUUGCUUGAUGAAAAUUGUUAGUUCGGUGCGGCAUGUAGUAAGACAGGGACAAGCCUUUAGAGGCCACAUGGAUGACAGUGGGAAUUUAUACCAGCUUUUGAAACUCAGGGCAGAAGAGGAUGAUCCCAUUUUACUGAAGUGGUUAACAGAGCGUACCACAAUGUACACAGGCCCCAAAGCACAGAAUGAAAUUCUGAACAUGGCCAAUACAGUCAUUCGAGGCAUUGCAGCUGAGAUUAGGUCUCUUCCGAUUGUACAAUUUUCAUUAAUUGUUGAUGGUACUCAAGAUGUCUCUGGUGCUGAACAGGAGAGUGUCUGUCUGCGUUAUGUUGACCAUGACCUUGUCCCUCACGAGGACUCGCCUGUUGUCUCCGACACCCUGUCUCUGGUAUGCAGGCUGCAGUCGAGUGUGUGCGGUCAUCUCUUAGGGGCAAGAGAAAUGACGAAAGCUACCUUGCACUGUAUGAGAAAGCAACAACUUUGAUUGACUCUAUUGAAUCCAUUGAAUCCAUUGAGACGCACUCAAGACGAUUUGCUGGCAAAGCAGUGGAUCACUAUAGGGCAGAAUUUUUUAAGUGUUGGAUGGUGUGGAGGUUCAGUUUGGCGACCGUUUUGACCAGGACAGUCUAAACGUCCUGCAAAAGUUGG